AUGGGUCUGAAGAUGGCUGAAUUCGAACCGCUUCCAGUCUCCGAGUACUUUGCCGUUAAAUCAGACCUUGCGCCCCACGACUCGUAUCUUCCAUAUUGGGCUCGCUCUCACGUGCAGUGUGCGCAGAACCUCCUCCCCUCGUCCGACGAACCCAUCGAGUACGAUCACGACGACGAAGACUUUCAGGACAACUGCUUCUUCUUUCCGGAGGACUCCUCCUGUUCCCCACCUAAGGAUUGGGCUGUGGAGACCCAACGGCAAUCCUUGAAGGACACAAAGGACCAAUUCGAAAUAGAUACCCCGGCUGCUCAAACUGCCACCGACACCAUGCUCCCCGAAUUACCUGAUAUCAAGAUGCUAGACUCCGAGGCGCUGGGCGACCUCUUGGAGGAUAAUCUCUCCCCGCCAGAGAUCACUACAAUGCUGUACGGUUUCCGCUCUCAUACCGUGACCCUGUCCAUAGCUCACCGUGGUGUAUAUAGUGUCUUCUCAACUAACGGCGCAGUAUUCGCCCAUGCUUCCACCCUUCCAUCCCGUCAACUCCGCAAUCUCAGCGCAACCUACGGUGCCGCAUACACAUGUUACGCCAAGACUGCGUCCAGUGGAAACCUCACCGGUGUGAACCCUGCCAGCCAUCCAUCAUCCUACGUCACAGCUCAGUCGAUGUCACUAGGCGACGUGGGCUCCAUUGUCUUCGAGCUCGAUGACUCCGUGGCGGUUGUGACUCGCCUCGCCGACAAGGUUCUACUGGCCGCUAUUGGCCCAAACAAAAUCGAUCAGACUAUACCAAACGGUGCCGAUCCUGAACAUCUGCCCGACAGUGGGGCCUUGGCAGACUCAUCCCCCGGGAUUGGCGUCACGUCAGAUGCAAAUCAAGGUGACGCACCGUCCCCGAAUCCACCACGCAACGGCACCAUUGAUGCCCAACAUGAGAUCGACCGCAGUGCCGAUCUUGCACGUCUCGCCAGUCUCAACCUAUCCGCGUCUCCUUCCGUGCUACUGGCGUUAGAAUCGAAAUGUGCUGCGCUGGGUCGAUUCCUUGGGCAGAAGUUGCAUGAUUUGGAGAGUCCGGAGGAUUUUUGA